AUGUCUACCCAAUUUCAAAGCCGAUCACGAUCCCGAUUCCGAUAUGAGUCGCCUCCCCCAACUCGUACGAUGACCCAUCGGCUCGAACAGCUUGGACAACACGUUUUGUGGGCUUUGGAGGAUAUGCUUGAGGAGAUAUCAACUAUGCACCGAAUUCUUCUCUGUUAUCUCGUGAUUGUCGGCAUGGUUAUUGAGUGGUUGAGACAAGACCAUGCAGACACCCUUCUCUCUAUUUUGUUAGGAAUGGUCCAGCUUGCCGUAGUAAUCGACUCCAUUUUGAUCGUUACGCAUCAUCUCAUGCGUCUAGCGGUAUCAAAUCGGACGCUGGCAAUCAUUGUAUCACAAAUGCCUUUCGUUACCGGCCCGCUUGCUGAGUUUGAGCUUACCAGGCUGAUGCUCACGGGGAACUCGGCUACAACAGCCAACACAUUCCUGGUUGGAUGUGUUUAUGCCAAGCCUUUGGCAGCAGGCGCGCUUUGUCUCGCCCUUCACAACCUACACACCGGAGGACCCGGGAUGCAGCCAUACUCCAAUCGUCUGAUGGAUGUGUCCAAGGUUUUCCUACGGAGUGGGGCUUUGAUAGUGCUUUCCACUCAUGGAAUUAAGCUUGACUCGCUACCAGGGCUAAUGGCUGCGGCAGGGGACAGCCCGUGGCUAUCUCGGGGAGUUCCUGUCCUCCUUCUCCUAUCCAUCGGUUUCACUUGCUACUUUUGGUACUGGCACGCUGAAAAAUAUCGAGACAUAGUGAGCAAGAGGUACAACACUCACAGUGACAGUGAGUGGUUAGUACUGCUAGUCUGCUUGGUGGCGCUGAAGCUAUUCGCCGCUCAUCUGGUGCACAGAGUAUGGAAACAGAUGGAAAGUGCGGCAUGGACGGCAGAACAAGACACUGGCUCUGUAGUACAGUUCGCCAUUCUCCCUCUCGCGGUGACUGUCGUGGACCACCUUGCGGAUAUCAGCGUUUCCUACCGUGGGGACAUGUAUUGGCCUUGGGCAAGUCUUUGUCAGUCGUCACUGCAGACGCUUUUUUUCAUCAGGCCAUUGUUCAUGCUUGCCGGCCACGAUAUAGACCCUCAGAGUGGUCGAAUCGGUAUUGCGCUGUGCUUUCUCGGCAUUGCGUUGUGGCUGUCGGUACCAUCUCACUCACGUAAGUCCUCGUUACAAGACAACAGUAAAGCAACUCACAACCGUAGGGUUUCUCAAAGGAUGCGUUCCCCUUCUUAUGUACUCUGCGCUAUUGGCUGCGUGUCUCAGUCACCCUGA